AUGUCUGGAUGUGGUAAAGGAGGUAAAGGUAAGGAAAAAGAGGCAGCAAGAUGUCAUGGAAACAUUCUGCGCGACAACAUCUAUGGAAUCAUCAAGCCAGCAGUCCGAAGAGGCAGGGGGCAGGGGGGUGUUAACUGCAUUUCUGGGAUUUUUCAUGGAGAUAUCCGAAGAGUUCCUAAAGUUUUCUUAAAAAAUGAUAUCCGUGAUGGUGUGGCCUACGCCCAUCAUGCCAGACGAAAGACCCUUACUGCAGUGGAUGUGCUCUACGCCUUGAAAGGCCAAGGCUGUACGCUUUACAGCUUUGGCGGCUACAGACUGGACAAAAAGAAGGAGUCGGUGCUCAGGCUGUUAAUUGUCACGAGAGGAAAUAUUCUGUCCAAUGUUAUGCUUCCUGAAAGAGCUCAAGCCACUCACCAUAGGAUUUGGCCAGAGCCAACAAGCUCUCCGUAUCUGCUACAUUUUCCACAUUCCAAAGCUCGAUCGCAGAGUAAAAAAGACAACAACAACAACAGUCAUAAGAAAAGAAAGUCAUGUCUGGAUGCGGUAAACAAAGUAAAGGUUGAGGAAAAGAAGGCACAAAGUGUCAUGGAAACAUUGUACGAGACAACAUCCAGGGAAUCACAAAGCCAGGAAUCCGACAGGGCAGGGCGGUGUUCAUUGCAGUUCUGGGCAUUUUUACGAAAAGAUCCAAAGAGUCCUUAUAAUUUUCUUGGAAAACGAUAUCCGUGA